AUGUUAGGACGAAGGGGAAGGAGGAGAAGCGCUUAAAGCGGCGGGAGCGGGCGCGGGAGUGGGGUUGGACCCACGGCUGAGGCAGGCUCCCCCUCCCUCCCGCCUCAGUGGAUCAUGCCCAGGGCGGCAGCGACGGCGGCAGCGGUUGCGGGGGGGAAGUGAUUAGGCGGUGCCGGCGCAGGAGACGAUGCCGUUUCCAGUUACAACACAGGGAUCACAACAGACGCAGCCGCCACAGAAGCACUAUGGCAUCACCUCGCCUAUCAGCUUAGCAGCCCCCAAGGAGACCGACUGGGUGCUGACACAGAAACUCAUCGAGACUUUGAAGCCCUUCGGGGUUUUUGAAGAGGAAGAAGAACUGCAGCGCAGGAUUUUAAUUUUGGGAAAAUUAAAUAACCUGGUGAAAGAGUGGAUACGAGAAAUCAGUGAAAGCAAGAAUCUUCCACAAUCUGUAAUUGAAAAUGUUGGAGGAAAAAUUUUUACAUUUGGAUCUUACAGAUUAGGAGUACAUACAAAAGGUGCCGAUAUUGAUGCAUUAUGUGUUGCACCAAGACAUGUUGAUCGAAGUGACUUCUUCACCUCAUUCUAUGAUAAAUUGAAAUUACAGGAAGAAGUAAAAGAUUUAAGAGCUGUUGAAGAGGCAUUUGUACCAGUCAUCAAACUCUGUUUUGAUGGGAUAGAGAUUGAUAUUUUGUUUGCAAGAUUAGCACUGCAGACUAUUCCAGAAGAUUUGGACCUACGAGAUGACAGUCUGCUUAAAAAUUUAGAUAUAAGAUGCAUAAGAAGUCUUAAUGGUUGCAGGGUAACCGAUGAAAUUUUACAUCUAGUACCAAACAUUGACAACUUCAGGUUAACUCUGAGAGCUAUCAAACUGUGGGCCAAACGCCACAACAUCUAUUCCAAUAUAUUAGGUUUCCUCGGCGGUGUUUCCUGGGCUAUGCUAGUAGCAAGAACUUGCCAGCUUUAUCCAAAUGCAAUAGCAUCAACUCUUGUACAUAAAUUUUUCUUGGUAUUUUCUAAAUGGGAAUGGCCAAAUCCAGUGCUAUUGAAACAGCCUGAAGAAUGCAAUCUUAAUUUGCCUGUAUGGGACCCAAGGGUAAACCCCAGUGAUAGGUACCAUCUUAUGCCUAUAAUUACACCAGCAUACCCACAACAGAACUCCACGUACAAUGUGUCCGUUUCAACACGGAUGGUCAUGGUUGAGGAGUUUAAACAAGGUCUUGCUAUCACAGAUGAAAUUUUGCUGAGUAAGGCAGAGUGGUCCAAACUUUUUGAAGCUCCAAACUUCUUUCAAAAGUACAAGCAUUAUAUUGUACUUCUAGCAAGUGCACCAACAGAAAAACAACGCCUAGAAUGGGUGGGCUUGGUGGAAUCAAAAAUCCGAAUCCUGGUUGGAAGCUUGGAGAAGAAUGAAUUUAUUACAUUGGCUCAUGUGAAUCCCCAGUCGUUCCCAGCACCCAAGGAAAACCCUGACAAGGAAGAAUUUCGUACAAUGUGGGUGAUUGGGUUAGUGUUUAAAAAAACAGAAAAUUCUGAAAAUCUCAGUGUUGAUCUCACCUAUGAUAUUCAGUCUUUCACAGAUACAGUUUAUAGGCAAGCAAUAAACAGCAAGAUGUUUGAGGUGGAUAUGAAAAUUGCUGCAAUGCAUGUAAAAAGAAAGCAACUCCAUCAACUACUACCUAAUCAUGUGCUUCAGAAAAAGAAAAAGCACUCAACAGAAGGAGUGAAAUUAACAGCUCUGAAUGACAGCAGCCUUGACUUGUCUAUGGACAGUGACAACAGCAUGUCUGUGCCUUCCCCCACCAGUGCUACGAAGACCAGUCCAUUGAACAGCUCUGGCAGCUCUCAGGGGGGGGUUUUUCUUGUUAGCAGAAACAGUCCUGCUCCAGCUGUGACGGCAGCAUCUGUGACCAACAUCCAGGCUCCUGAAGUCUCUGUGCCACAAACAAAUUCCAGUGACCGCUCAGGGGGUACAUCGAGUGAAAGCAUUCCUCAAACUGCCACACAGCCAGCCAUUUCGCCACCACCAAAGCCUACAGUCUCCAGAGUUGUUUCCUCAACACGUCUGGUAAACCCACCACCUAGAACUUCAGGAAAUGCAGCAACAAAAAUACCUAACCCUAUAGCAGGAGUCAAGAGGACAUCCUCACCUCAUAAAGAAGAAAGUCCCAAGAAACCCAAAACAGAAGAGGAUGAAACAAGUGAAGAUGCUAACUGUGUUGCUUUGAGUGGACAUGAUAAGACAGAAGCAAAGGAACAACUUGAUACAGAAACAAGUACAACUCAAACAGAAACUACUCAGACAGCGGCUUCUCUGUUGGCUUCUCAGAAAACAUCCAGUACAGACCUUUCUGAUAUCCCCGCUCUCCCUGCAAAUCCUAUUCCUGUUAUCAAGAAUUCAAUAAAACUGAGAUUGAAUCGGUAAAAACAACCUCAGGGGUCCAUAAACAGUAUCUGCCAACUCAACCUGUUGUCUUCAAAUGCUAAAAAAGGAGAAUGGAGGGUACAAGACUAGACAAGACUGAACGUGGAUUAGGUUUUUGGUGACCUCCCUCACUGGGCUAAUCAGCACUUGAUCGGAAGUCCAGGUUAGUAUGUGAAGCCAGGAGUACUGUUCUUAUUGUGUUAGCAACAGUUGCAUUAACUAUUAAAAAAAUUACUGCCUUUAAAAAGAAAACCUCAAGCUAUAUUUGUAUCCACAAUUGACAUCUGGAUUUGGUUUAUGUUUGAUGCAUUGUUUGGAAAACUUGCAAUACAAACUGGCAUAAGAAUUCCUUAUUCUGAUGAUGCACUUUUAUGUAUUUUUUAUUAGAAAGUAGAACUAAUUUUAGAUUUUCAGCUUGAUGGAUUUUCAUUUUUUCCCAAAGAAUUUCCUUUGCCCUUAGUCUUCAAAUUGGAUACCAUUGUGCAGUGGUAUACGGUCUUUACUUCAGAGAAGAAACAAGAGUACAUCUAGUUCAGUCCAUGUGAGGUAGUGGUAUCCUGGAAAAAUGAAACGUCAACUCUCGGGUGUACAUUUGACACUGAAAGAAUAAUUAGGAAAUACUUGGUUUUGAUGGGGUUAUGAUUAAGAAAUGAUAUAUUGGUUUUAUUUAUAGAAUUGUUUUGUAGUGCAUACAAAUCAGCGAUCAGCCAGCAAAUAUAUUUCUUUGAGCUUACCGGAGCUCCAUAUUCUUUUGCCUUUUGUCUGUUGUCUUUGAAACAAAUGAAAAACCUUUUUGCACCCCCCCCUUUUUUUUAAUCUUUUUGUGUAUAUGCACAAGGUCGGACUUACUUCACAAAAACCAAAAUGCCAGUAUUUUCUUAAGCCAUGAUGCGAAACCAGUGACCCGGUGGCACAGAACACUUAAGUUUUGGUCCCAUGGCUGAGAUCUCCCGGUGACUAAGAGUAAUGCCUGUGAGACUGGUAUCUAACCUGGAUGGCCAUUUGAUCUCUAAAUAGAGGAAUUUUGUACACUCCGCAGAUCUCCUGUUCCUGUCUAUGUAGUAAAUUGAUUUUCAAUUUUAAACGUGGGCAAAAAGGCAUUUUCUCCAAGAUUUUUAAACUAAUUUUUAUUUUAACUGGUUUACCAAAAUUUGUCAGCAAAUUUUACAUACAGAAACAUUUUAAAACUCAUUUCUAAGCAAGCACUUAACAUCUAGUCAGCUCUCUACUCCUUUUUUAUUUUGUUUUAUUCUAGCAAAGGGUGAGAAACAUCUUUAAAGCAAAUAAUUUCUCAUAACAAAGCAACAUAACAUCCAUCUUUACAAUGUAUGAGGGAUGCCAGACGUGGGUAAACUUAGUUUCUUAAUCUGGACAAAGCAAACCUCACAAGGUUUCUCCAGUGAGCAUGUUUUUGAAUCUUCCAUUGUGCUCCAUUUUAUCACAUGUGCAUUUUUCAUGUUAAACUGCAAUUACUUAAAACUCUCCCCCAUGCUUCUAAAUUAAUUUUCUCAAGUCGGAAUAUAGUCUUUUCCCCCUUAGGCUAUGCAUUAAUUGAGCUUUCUUUUCCCCAUGACUUUAUAAUGUCUAGUAUACAAUAUUUCUACUUCCCACAUCUUCGCUCUGCACAGUCACCUUGCCCUUCUUCCCAGCCACCUAAGAAGAAAAGACGGUCAGCUAACAGGUGAAGUGUACAAGGUGUCUGUGUGUGUUGUGUAGCUUCAGAGUUAGAUUGAAAUUGCCAGGCACAGAUUUAGUCUUGUCAUUUUGUUUACACAUUGGGGAAAAAAAUUCAGUUUAUUAAACGUUUCAUGUAACUGCAUCCAAGUUUUGCCAAGCUGCAAACUUGGACUUUCUCUGUGUAGUGACUUUUUAAUUCUAGUUUCAUAAUCUGGAAAUCAGACUGUUGCUUUCGCAUGAUGUAUGUAGUGUCUCAUGACUGGAGUUUGCUUUGUUUUAUAGUAUCUGUACUCCUUGUAUUUUUCAAGAGCUAUUUUGUAAACAGAUGAUGUAUUUCUCCAUUGAAAACACAAUAAAAUUAAAAAAAAAAAAAAAAAAAA